AUGUCCCAGUCCACCUCCACGGCCACCGACGAGGGAACCACGUUCGAGCACCUCUGGAGCUCUCUGGAGCCGGACAGCACCUACUUUGACCUGCCCCAGUCGAGCCAGGGCAGCAGCGAGGAGGUGGGCGCCGUGGAGGCCAGCAUGGGUGUCUUCCACCUGCAGGGCAUGGCCACUCCGUCCGUCAUGUCCCAGUUCAAUUUGCUGAGCAGUACCAUGGACCAGAUGGGCAGCCGGGCGGCCUCGGCCAGCCCCUACACCCCGGAGCACACGGCCAGCGUGCCCACCCACUCUCCGUACGCACAGCCGAGCUCCACCUUUGACACCAUGUCGCCGGCGCCCGUCAUCCCCUCCAACACCGACUACCCCGGCCCUCACCACUUCGACGUCACCUUCCAGCAGUCCAGCACAGCCAAGUCGGCCACCUGGACGUACUCCCCCCUAUUGAAGAAGCUGUACUGCCAAAUCGCCAAGACCUGCCCCAUCCAGAUCAAGGUGUCUACCCCGCCGCCCCCGGGCACCGCCAUCCGUGCCAUGCCAGUCUACAAGAAAGCGGAGCACGUGACUGAGGUCGUGAAGCGCUGCCCCAACCAUGAGCUUGGGCGGGAUUUCAACGAAGGACAGUCUGCCCCCGCCAGUCACCUCAUCCGCGUGGAGGGCAACAGCCUCUCGCAGUACGUGGACGACCCCGUCACCGGCAGGCAGAGCGUCAUGGUGCCCUACGAACCCCCACAGGUGGGAACGGAGUUCACCACCAUCCUGUACAACUUCAUGUGCAACAGCAGCUGUGUCGGGGGCAUGAACCGCCGGCCCAUCCUCAUCAUCAUCACCCUGGAGACCCGCGAUGGGCAGGUGCUGGGCCGCCGGUCCUUCGAGGGCCGCAUCUGUGCCUGUCCUGGCCGAGACCGCAAAGCCGAUGAGGACCACUACCGGGAGCAGCAGGUCCUGAACGAGAGUGCGGCCAAGCACGGGGCCGCCAGCAAGCGCGCCUUCAAGCAGAGCCCCACUGCCAUCCCCACCCUGGGCACCAAUGUGAAGAAGAGACGGCAUGGGGACGAGGACAUGUACUACAUGCACGUGCGGGGCCGGGAGAACUAUGAAAUCCUGAUGAAAGUCAAGGAGAGUCUGGAGCUGAUGGAGCUGGUGCCACAGCAGGUGCUGGAGUCCUAUCGGCAGCAGCAGCAGCAGCAGCUCCUACAGAGGCCGAGCCACCUGCAGCCUCCGUCCUACGGGCCUGUCCUCUCGCCCAUGAACAAAGUACAUGGCGGUGUCAACAAGCUGCCCUCGGUCAACCAGCUGGUGGGCCAGCCUCCCCCACACAGCUCGGCAGCCGGGCCCAACCUGGGGCCCAUGGGCCCCGGGAUACUCAACAACCACGGCCACACCCUGCCGGCCAACGGCGAGAUGAGCGGCAGCCACAGCUCCCAGUCCGUGGUCUCGGGGUCCCACUGCAGCCCCCCGCCUCCCUAUCACGCCGACCCCAGCCUGGUCAGUUUUUUAACAGGAUUGGGGUGUCCAAACUGUGUCGAGUAUUUCACCUCCCAAGGGUUACAGAAUAUUUAUCAUCUGCAGAACCUAACGAUAGAGGACCUCGGGGCGCUGAAGAUCCCGGACCAGUACCGGAUGACCAUCUGGAGGGGCCUGCAGGAGCUGAAGCAGAGCCACGACUACGGCGCGGCGCAGCAGCUGAUUCGCUCCAGCAGCAACGCCGCCACCAUCUCCAUCGGCAGCUCGGGGGAGCUGCAGCGGCAGCGCGUCAUGGAGGCCGUGCACUUCCGCGUGCGUCACACCAUCACCAUCCCCAACCGCGGCGGCCCGGGCGGGGCGGGGGGCGCGGGGCCCGACGAGUGGGCGGACUUCGGCUUCGACCUCCCGGACUGCAAGUCCCGGAGACAGUCCAUCAAGGAGGAGUUCACGGAGGGCGAGGCCAACUGAGGGGCCGGAGGGCGCACACGGCCGGGGCCUCGGCGGGAGCGGAGAGCGGAGCCUGGGCGUCUGCGGCCGGGAGCCCCAGAAGCCUGGCUUUUUCUCUUCCUUUUUGUCAAAAACUGCCCGAGGAGGCAGGAUCUCGGACUCUGCCCACGAAAAGGCCAGGUCCAGCCUUCACCGGCCUCCCGAAACGCCCGAGGACAGUGGGACUGGCCGGUGGGGACUCCGGGAGCUGGGCUGAGGGUGUGCGGAGGCCCUGCCGUCGGUUGUCAGAACCAGCGGGCCUCGCUCCUCCCCGUCUCGUCUUCCUGCAGGAUCCUGCUGCUCCCAGACGAGAUCCUUGGAAAUAAAAAGACCGUCCUCUCUGCUGAUGGACUGCCAAAAAGUAUUCUUGGAAGUCUCGUGGAUCUGGGCAGCAAUGAGCGGCUCAGUGAUUGUGUCUAAAACACAUUUAUUUUCAGGUAAAUGCUCCAGACUGUUUCUGUCCAAGGCUUGGUCUUGAGGGUCAGUCUGUCCCUCGCACACGUGGCCACUAGUUCAAACCCCAGUGCAGCUGCCUUACAAUACCUGCCCCAAACCAACACCAGACCUUCACUGGACUUGGAGGCCUGGGAGGGCACUGCCGAGGACACGGUCCUCCUGGGAGGCGAGGAAGCUCCUGGCCAGUGGCCACUGGCCGCAGUCACCUCUCGGUGACCCUGUCAGCACAGACAUGGCAGGCCCGCUUCUCAGACUCCUGGAAGUUCUCCCUAUUUGAUAAAAUGACAGACAUCCUUUUCUACAUGGUGGGUCAGCUUUUUUUGUUUGUUUUUUAAUUCAUUCUUAACAUUCCCUUCCGGGGUCAACAUAGCGGGCUUCCCACGUCUGUGGCAACAAGCUGGGCAAAGAGAGCGGAGGGGCACACCAGGUGGGGGCCCAUCACUUGUCGCUGGGCGGCUGGAUGGGGACGGAGCCCAGCAUGAGAGGCUGCUGGGGGAGGGCACCGCGUUGGGCUGCGCAGUGGAAACAAAGCCCCUCUGUCCCCUUGCCAGUUGGGGGUAGAAGUCACGGGGAGAGCCCCUCCCGGCAGAGAGAGCAGUGGGCAGAAGGUCCACUCCUCAGGCGCAGAGGUGGGCUCUCCUGGGAGAGGUCGCACUGUCCUCGCUAGACGGCGCCGAGGGCCGUGGAGGGGCUGGUCCUUUCUGAGGCGCCCCCAGGAGCCGGUGGGCUUGGCACACAGUUCUCUGGGCGGUGGGUGAGAAACACAGCCCUGGCUCUAAGCGGGUGGGACAGAGGGCAACUUGGCUAGUGUGCAACCUGAGACACGGCCCAGGGCGCAGGCCACCUGGCCGGUUCCCGGUCUGUCUGCCUGCUCACGCGCAGGGUAUUCCGAGUCUGGGCGCUCCUCUCGCUAAUGUCACCACAGAAGGACGGGAGGCCCCCAGACCAGGGAGGCCUGAUUACCCUUUGGGUUUGUUGGUGGCGCUAUAAACCACGCUUCUGUUUGGGAAGCUAGGGAGGGCUGCAGGCCGUGUGUUUUGAGUAGCGGCAGAUCUCACACAAGUAGCCCUCUCCACAUUCGAGGAAGUCUGGGCAUCCAGACGCCCGUCUCUUUGUUAGAUGUCCAGACUCUAGAAAGGUGGCGUGGGGAACAGGGUGGUGGUGGUGCUGCUGCUGCUGGUAUUAAAAUGGCUCUGGGGCAGCCGCAGGGGAGGGAGCCUUCUAGCAGCUCCAAGCUCUCCUGACUGGAGCGAACAGAGGAAGAGCCGCCUCUGCCCCAAACGCGCCAGCACGGUCAUCUCCAGACCAGGACUUCAUCACGGGAAGUCAUGAGCAUAAACACUGCCAGCCUCAGUCUUCUGUGCUGACGGGGGCAGGUACCUAUGUUUAGGACAGUAUACCCACCGUACCCCUCCCUGUGCACUCCCGGGGACCACAUUUCAGGGUUGUCAGAGCGCCCUGGAGGCUCCGACCUGCAGCCAGAGUUGAGAGCUGCGGGGUGACAGAACCAGCUUAUUCCAGCAGGCGCCAGGCUUUGCCAAUUAGCCAGAGGUGCUCUACUCCUGGGGGGGCGGGGGGUCUACCAUCUCCCCAGAACACACCACGCUCGAAAGUUGCAGUCACAGCUACAGACUCAGGGCUACUGGGGAGACAGCAAGCCAAAUGCCUGGGGUCCAUAAGCCCAGCUGAGUUCCCGGGUCUCAAGUGGCUGUUUCUUAGGCACGUCCCCAUCAGCCGUGUCUGGUAGGGAAUGCCACAGGGGCCCCCCCACCUGGUGCUCGGGAAAGGGUUAGUGGGAGGGUGAGGUCCGCCCAGGGGCCCCAAGUCACACACAGGCUCCACAGACACACACAAAGCAGCGUCCCUUCACUGAGGGAGGAGCACCAUUAUAGGGAACAAAUUGUGACAAUAAAUGAGCAGAAACUUGGUCAGGACGAGCAAAUGCAAAUGGACAGAAGCAACCAUCCUCUGGGUUUGAAGCUCUCAUCCUACAAAACUCGAACGGAUACAAAUGCGCGUGCUUUACGCUGUAAAGUCCCCCAGGGGUGCAGCGGGGGGAGAGGAGCUCUUGGUGGGCCUUAGGACGCGCCUGCUGAGCCAGACACGUGUCACUGCCCACAGCACCAGGCCUCGGCUGUGCACCACACGGGCAGCCAGCCAACCUUUGAGGCAGUCUGUGCCACUACCAGCCUCGGGCUGGGCUGGGCGGCCGGCAAGCCAUCAUUUCGUGCGGGUCUGGCUUACCGAUUGGUGGCCCAGGUCCCCAACAAGUGACAUGCACAGAUCUGGGAUGCACUGUAACUUGUCCCGUAGAACAGGUCGCACAAACAUCCACUUCUCGGUUAACGGUCGUUUAAAGCACUUUAAUGCUUUAAGGUUUGAAAAAAUACUCCACUCCUGUUUUUAAUGUCAUACGCUUCUUCCAGCAGUGUUAAUGGAUGUAUUCCAAUGAUUUUAUUGACUUUUUUGAGUAAUGUCAUCUUGGGGAAAUGUGUUAUUUUUUUAGCUGUUUUGGUGGGAAUUUUCGUUUUUGUAACAU